AUGUCGAACACGGAUGAAAGCCUGCACACGACUCUCUCGAUGGAUGCCUCCUCGCAGCCAGCGAUUAUCAAUACAGUAACUGUUGCCCUACCACAACAGCAGCCUCGUCCUCUAAAGCGUAAGAUUAGUCAUCAAUCAACACCAGUGUUUUCUUCGUUUUUACGAACACCCUCAGGAAGUAAUGGUGGAUUUUUCAACAAUUUAAUGCAACGAACCAUUUCGAAUCGUCAAAGAGCCGAAAUUCAACUGCAAAGUUUACUUGAUGAACCUGAAGAAUCUCUACCGACAUUCACACGUCGUGCCAGUGAUCAUUUACCAAACGAGAAUCUACCAUUAGAAGAAGUGUCCAAAUUACUCAAUACUCAAACGUUCGUCAUUGAACGACUUGUUAAUGCUCUCUAUUCGUCUACCGAUGAUGAUGAUAGUAUAAAGACUUUGAGCAAAUGCGAAGUACGAAAGCUAACACGAGCACUGAAUAGUACGAUGGACGUUCGAGCUCUUCUGUUUUUCAUGAUGCUCGACGAAGAUGGUGAUCGUUAUGUAACAAGUAAUGAACUGGCAUUUUUCUAUGAGAAAUAUUUACAAGGCUUGAAAACAUUCGAUGCUAAUCGUUUGCAAGAAGUUAUCCAAGUGCUUCAGAAGAAGUUUCAUCUCGAUCAAAAACCUCGAAUUGAUUUCGAAGAAUUCUAUUCGAUUGUAUCCAAAGAUGCGACACUGCUCGAAUCUUUAUCUCAAUUCACUGUUCAUCCAACAUGGUUUAUCAAAACACCCAAUAAUUCAAUGGUCAAACAAAGUAAACUUCAACGUUUUUUCAGUCAUCACUGCCACCAACAAGUCAUAUACGAAGCACGAAAAAAUAGACUAACAAUAGACUAUGUCAAGGAUAAUCUAUCGAGUAUCAUUGUUUUCAUUCUGUACAUCUUGGUAAAUCUUGCUUUGACCAUCUAUGUUAUCAUUUAUCGAAUAACAGUGACCAGAUCACAUGCAUUUGUUGUUGUUGCACGUAUUGGUGGAAUGUUGCUGAAUUUCAAUUGUGCACUCGUCAUUACACUGAUGCUUAAACAAACAAUAUUGGUCAUUCGUACGAAUAGUUUUCUACGGAAGAUCAUUCCUGUUGAUAACCAUAUUGACUUUCAUAAAGUCGUCGGACGAUUUAUUGCCAUCCUAUCAAUUGUACAUACAAUUGCACAUAUGGCCAACUUCGGAAGACUUACAGAUCAUUCCUGGGGAACUUACAUGUUUGCGACAAGACCUAAUCUAGGUUGGGUAGGGGGCCUUGCGCCAUUGACUGGUGUUAUCUUAUGUGUCAUCCUUGCUGUCAUUGUUAUUUGUUCCAUGCAAUGGAUUCGUCGUGGUGGUCAUUUUCAAAUUUUCUAUUGGACACAUUUACUGUACUUUCCAUUUUUCAUUCUUCUUAUUCUGCAUGCAGGAAACUUUUGGAAAUGGAUCGUGGGCCCAUUAUCUCUUUUCCUGUUGGAAAAAACCUAUUCAGUUUUAACAAGAUAUUCUGUUCGAAGUGGCCGCACUUAUCUUCAUUCAGCAACUAUCGAACAGUCGAAUGUUAUUAGUUUGAAUAUACAUCGGCCAAAAAAUUUCACUUUUAAACCAGGUGAUUAUAUAAGUAUCAAUUUACCACGUGUUGCACUCUACGAAUUCCAUCCAUUUACGAUCAGUAGUGCACCUGAAGAAAUGGGCAAUCUUCGCGUACAUAUCCAAGCUGUUGGCAAUUGGACUAAACAGGUUUAUCAACGUUUCAAAGAAAUGUCCGAAGAUGACGCUCGAGAAAAUCAUGUCAAAGUUUACCGUGCUGAUCUCCAUCCCGAACAAUCGGUUGCAGAUCUUCAAGCUAUCAACAAAGAUCACUGUGGCGAUGAUGAUGGCAGUGAAGUAUAUACAGGAAAAUGUCGAAUGAAAUUCAAAAAACGAGAGCCUGUCGUGAUCAACGGACCUUAUUCAUCAUGUGCUCGUUACAUAUUCGACUGUAAACAUGUUGUUUUGAUUGGUGGUGGUAUUGGUAUUACACCAUACGCAUCGAUAUUAUCAAGUCUCAUGGCGCAGUUUCGUGCAUCGCGUGUUGUUUGUAAAUACUGUAAUGGAAUCAAUUACAAUUCCAAAGGACUUGUCGAAAAUCAUCGUCUGAAGAAAGUCGAUUUUAUUUGGGUGAAUCGAGACCAGAAGAAUUUUGAAUGGUUCCUCAAUCUUCUUCGUCAAUUUGAACAAGAACAGGAAUAUUAUCUAGCGUCGAAUUCGAAUGAAAAGCGUUUUCUUGACAUUCAUUUAUAUUUUACAGAAAUCAAGCAUGAUGAGAACAUUGGUAAUGUUCCAUUAGAUCUAGUGACUAAAAUCUGGGCUCAAGUAGCUGGACAAGAUAUAUUUACCAGUUUAAAAUCGAAAACACAUAUCGGUCGACCGAAAUGGGAAGAUUUGUUUAGUAAUUUAAUUUCAGGCGAAAAUGCCUCGACAGCAAAUGAUGUUGAUGUUUUCUUCUGUGGACCGUCAACUAUGGCUCAGACAAUUCGAAAUCAUUGUGCUACAUUUCGAUUUCGAUUUUACGAAGAAAAAUUUUGA